AUGGCAAACCUCACCUCCAACCUUCCCUCCAACUCCUCCUCCUCCAUCCUCACUCCCUCUGACACCGCCAUCCUCGAAGCCUUCAUCCCGGGCUACUCCUUCAUCUCCCGCAUCCUAAUCAACCACCUCCACAUCGACCCAACGCGAUACCUACCCUACGUACUCGCCUGUGUCGUCCUCCUCGCAUCCCUAAAAUACACCUCCUCACGAAUCCGCCACCUCAUCGAAACGCACUGCGUCUCGAAAGCCGAGAUCCGUCUCGAUGACGAAAUCUACAGUUACCUGAUGUUCUGGCUAGCGCAGCAGCCGUUCACGAAUCGCACGACGCAUUUCGUCGCCGGUACGCGCACCGGCGGAUCCCGCUCUUAUUAUCAUGACUCGGACGCGGAGGAUGACGAGUCCGAAGAUGAUGAGUACGACGCCGACGGGAACGUGCUGGUCUCGUUUGACGCGUACUGGGCGAAGGCGAAGAACCGCGAUAAGUAUAAACGGUUGCGGUUCACGCCCGCGGAGGGCACACACUAUUUCUGGUUCCGGAGGCACUUGUUGGCAUUCAUGCGUGUGAAGGAGGAUUCGAAUAAUAACACUGCGAGCUUCUACACCCGUAUGGCUCCCGAACGGCUCUAUCUGGCGUGUUUGGGUCGCGAUCCGGCCAUUCUGAAGGAGUUGCUGGUGGAGGCCCAGAGGGCCUAUGUGGCCCGGGACUUGAAUACGACGGUCAUCUAUCGGGCGCAGAAAUCGCCCGGCGAGUAUGUCGACUGGACGAGAUGUAUGUCGCGGGCGCCGAGACCGCUGUCGACGGUGGUGCUGGCGGCCGAACGCAAGCAGGCGUUCAUCGAUGAUAUCAAGGAGUAUUUGCAUCCCCGGACGAGACGCUGGUAUUCGAAUCGAGGCAUCCCGUAUCGGAGGGGAUAUUUGCUGCAUGGACCGCCGGGGACGGGGAAGACGAGUUUGUGCUUCGCCGCGUCCGGCAUGCUCGGGUUGAGUCUGUAUCUGCUGAAUCUGAGCUCGAAGAGCUUCGGCGAGGAUGACUUGAUGAGUCUGUUUCAUGAGCUGCCGAGGCGGUGCAUUGUGCUCCUGGAGGAUGUGGAUUGCGCCGGGGUGGUGAGGGAGAGGACUUUGGGGGAUGGAGGAGAGAAGGGAGGGGAGCAGAAGGAGAAGGAGAAGUCUGGUCCGUCGUCAGAGGACACCGCUGCGAAGCCGGGCGUGUCGCUAUCCGGACUGCUGAAUGUCAUCGACGGCGUGGCGGCGAGCGAAGGCCGCAUUCUCGUCAUGACGACCAAUCACCCGGAUAAGUUGGACGCGGCGCUGCUUCGUCCCGGGCGUGUGGAUAUGUCCGUGGAGUUCGGAUACGCCGAGACCGAAGAUAUCAGGGAGCUCUUCGCGGCCAUUUAUUCGUCCCUCGAGGGCGACGUGCGACUACCUAGGGGAAGAGCCAUGGUGUUGGAGAAGGAGAAGCAGAAGGAAAACGGCGAUGUCAUUCAGGCCCCAUGGCAUCGCAUUUCGCGCGAAAAGGUCCAGGGGCUGGCUGCGGAGUUCGCGUUGCGUGUGCCACCCGCGGAGUUCACCGCUGCUGAGAUUCAGGGAUAUCUUCUGAAUCACAAGGAUGAUCCUGAGAGCGCCAUCAAGGGGGUUGAGGCAUGGGUGGAAAGCACCCGGUCGAAGCGCAAGGAGAAGGAGAGUCCCCUGGCUGCAUCAGGUGUUUAG